GUCAGAUCUGACCAAUAGUUGAGAUCGAAGAUGAUAAAAAAAAUCUCCACACCACAAAUCGUCAUCUGACCACCGUUUCAGACAAUCGACCUACAAGCUACAACUAGAAACGCGCUAGAAAUUAAGCUUGAAGUAGUGACACUGUCGACUCUUCCCAUCUUCGAUCAGACCAACUCUAACGUCCCCUCCGGUCAUCGACGAUACUAUUCAACUACUCUUGACUAGUCAUUGGAAUCUGGCGUCUCGUGUACGACUCAAACAGGUGAAACUUUGUGUUUUUUUAAAAAAUUAUCAUCAACUUUAAUUUCAGUUAUUGGUCAGAUUCAACGGUUGAGAUUAGAGACAUGUAUAGAAGAAUUCUCCUAUAUAAGUAUAUAUAGAACUAAAGUAGACUCAAAUUGAUAGAAAGAAAAAACUAGAGAUCAGCAAGAGAGAGAAAAGGUAUGGAAGCUAGGCAGAAAACUAUUAGUGUCUUGAUGCUCCCAUGGCUAGCUCAUGGUCACAUAUCUCCUUACCUAGAGCUAGCCAAGAAACUCACAAAGAGAAACUUUUACAUAUACUUUUGUUCAACACCAAUCAAUCUCAAUUCAAUCAAACCAAAAAUAUCCCAAAAAUACUCACUUUCAAUCCAACUAGUGGAACUCCAUCUCCCAUCAUUGGAAGGCCUUCCUCCUCAAUACCACUCAACCAAAGGCCUACCACCCCAUCUCAUGACAACCCUCAAGAAAGCACUUGACAUGUCAAGCACUAACUUCACCAAAAUCUUGGAACACUUGAAGCCAGACUUGUUGAUCUAUGACUUCCUCAUGCCAUGGGCACCGGAAGCGGCUCAGCGUAUGAAUAUUCUGGCUGUAAACUUCAUGAUAGUCUCGACGGUAGCGAUUGCUUUUGUAGUUCAUAGAGUAAGAAACCCUAGUGAUGAAUUUCCUUUUCUGGAAAUUUUUCUCCAUGACUACGAGAAAUUGUUGCUUGACAAAGCUCUCGAAGAUGGCCGAGACAAAGAUAAGGCCUUUAACUGCUUGGAACAAUCUUGUAAUAUCGUUUUGAUGAAGACUUUUCAUGAACUAGAAGGAAAGUAUCUAGAUUAUCUUUCUGUAAUCUUUAAGAAGAAGAUGGUUCCUGUCGGUCCGCUUGUUCAAGACCCUAUUCAAGAAAUUGAAGAUGGAAGCAAAGAGAUGAUCAAAUGGCUUGACAGGAAGGAACAAUCAUCGACCGUGCUUGUAUCGUUUGGGAGCGAGUGCUUCUUAACCAAGGAAGAAAGGGAAGAAGUAGCUUAUGGACUUGAGAUUAGCAAAGUAAACUUUAUAUGGGUCAUUAGGUUUCAUGAAGAAGAUAAAACCAACCUUGAAGAGUCACUUCCACCCAAAUUCAUCGAUAGGAUCGGAGAGAAAGGGAUUGUUGUAGAAGGUUGGGCACCUCAAGCAAGGAUUCUAAGGCAUUGUAGCAUUGCAGGGUUUGUGAGUCAUUGUGGAUGGGGUUCAGUGAUGGAGAGCAUGAAGUUAGGAGUGCCAAUAAUAACAAUGCCAAUGCAACUUGAUCAACCAUUGAAUGCUAGGUUGGUUGAAGAUGUUGGGGUUGGUUUACAAGUAAAGAGAAACAAGAGUGGGAGGUUUGAAAGGGAAGAGAUAGCAAAGGUGAUUAGAGAGCUAGUGGUGGAGAAAAAUGAAGAUGUCAAGAGGAAAGCUAAGGAAAUGAGUGAGCAUUUGAUUAAUAAAGGAGAGGCAGAAAUUGAUAAAGUCGUCAAUGAAUUGGUCAAUCUAUGUGGAAUUUGAACCACAUCACUAGAUUCAUCUCUCUCUCUUUGCGAUUGCCGACUCCCAUCACCUUCAACCGCGUGUGGAGAGAGUCGAAUUCCGUGGCUGAUAUGCUCUUGCCAAGCAGGGGGCUUUGAGGGAUGACAUGUUCUUGGGUGGUUAGGUGUUUAUUAGCAGCUAGCUAAUAAUGUUGUCUUUGUUGGUAUGCUUCUACAAUUGGAGCAUAACUUAAUUUGGUUUCUUUCAUCUAUGUUGUGGCUGGGUUCUGGCUUCCCUAGUUAGUGUUGUUUUCAGUUGUGCUUCUCCGGCUUGGUAUUGGUUGGGGCUUCUUCUAGUUGUGGUCCUCUGGUUGUUGUUAUCCUGUAGCAGUUGGUUCUGUUCUUAUGCUUCUUGUUGGGAUAUAAUAAAAAAAAAGAUUGUUGUUGGUUUUUGAGGAAA